AUGACACAUUUUUUUUCUUCUUUAGUGAACAAGCAUAAGCCCUGGAUUGAGACAUCAUACCAUGGAAUCAUAACCGAAAAUAAUGACACUGUAAUUUUGGAUCCUCCUCUUGUUGCUUUGGAUAAGGAUGCACCUGUUCCCUUUGCAGGUGAGAUAUGUGCUUUUAAAAUUCACGGACAAGAAAUGCCAUUUGAAGCUGUUGUGCUUAACAAGACAUCUGGAGAAGGUCGUCUUCAAGCCAAAAGUCCUAUUGAUUGUGAGCUGCAGAAAGAAUACACGUUCAUCAUUCAAGCCUAUGACUGUGGAUCAGGACCAAGUGGAGUAAACUGGAAGAAAUCUCACAAGGCAGUUGUCCAUAUCCAAGUAAAGGAUGUUAAUGAGUUUUCGCCAGCUUUCAAGGAGAGUAUGUAUAAGGCCACCGUGACAGAGGGAAAGAUCUAUGACAGCAUACUGCAGGUAGAAGCCAUAGAUGAAGACUGUUCCCCGCAGUAUAGCCAGAUCUGCAAUUAUGAAAUUGUCACAACAGAUGUUCCUUUUGCUAUCGAUAGAAAUGGUAACAUCAGAAACACUGAGAAGCUAAACUAUGAUAAACAGCAUCAGUAUGAGAUAAUGGUGACAGCUUUUGACUGUGGACAAAAACAUGCGAGAGAAGAUGUCUUAGUGAAAGUUAACGUCAAACCAGUGUGCAAACCAGGCUGGCAAGAUUGGAACAAACGUAUUGAAUACAAGCCUGGUUCUGGCAGCAUACCGUUGUUUCCCAGUAUUCAUCUGGAAACGUGUGAUGGCCCAGUUUCAUCAAUACAUACAACAAUUGAAUUGCAGACCAACUAUAUUGGAAAGGGCUGUGAUCGUGAAACCUACUCAGAAAAAUCUCUGCAGAAACUAUGUGGAGCAUCCUCAGGUGCCAUUGAUCUCUUACCAUCUCCCAGUGCAACAACUAACUGGACGGCUGGGCUUCUCAUGGAUAAUAAUGACAUGAUUUUUAAAUUUGAUGGAAAACAAGGAGCCAAAAUCCCAGAUGGAAUAGUCCCAAAGAAUUUAACUGAUCAAUUCACCAUCUCUUUGUGGAUGAAACAUGGACCUAGCCCAGGACUAAGAGCAGAGAAGGAGACUAUUCUCUGCAACUCUGACAAGACAGAGAUGAACCGACAUCACUAUGCCUUGUACGUGCACAACUGCCGAUUAGUCUUUCUGCUGCGUAAAGACUUUGAUCAGGCUGACACCUUCCGCCCUGCAGAGUUCCACUGGAAACUGGAUCAGAUUUGUGAUAAAGAAUGGCAUUACUAUGUUGUCAAUGUUGAGUUUCCUGUUGUUACCUUAUACAUGGAUGGAACGACAUAUGAACCUUACCUUGUGACCAAUGACUGGCCUAUUCACCCUUCACACAUAGCCAUGCAGCUGACAGUCGGUGCUUGCUGGCAAGGAGGUGAAGUCACCAAGCCUAGGUUUGCUCAGUAUUUCCACGGCAGCCUAGCCAGUCUUACUAUCCGUCCUGGAAAAAUUGAGAGUCAGAAAGUGAUUUCCUGUUUGCAGGCCUGCAAGGAAGGUCUGGAUAUUAAUUCACUUGAGAGUCUUGGCCAAGGAGUGAAGUAUCACUUCAACCCUUCCCAGUCAGUCCUUGUCAUGGAAGGAGAUGACAUUGAGAAUAUAAAUCGAGCUCUCCGAAAGGUCUCUUACAUCAACUCUAGACAGUUUCCUACUGCAGGCGUACGACGUCUCAAAGUCUCCUCUAAAGUCCAAUGUUUUGGUGAAGAUGUCUGCAUUAAUAUCCCAGAUAUCGAUGCAUAUGUAAUGGUGCUUCAGGCCAAUGAGCCCAAGAUUACAAUAAGUGGGAUGGACCACUUUUCUAGACCAGCUGCACAAUUUGAAAGUGAAAGAGGUGUCAUUCUGCUGCCUGACAUCAGGAUUGUCAGCACCGUCACAAAAAUGGAGCAUUCAAAAAAGAAUGAUGGAGCUAAUAAGUCAGUGGUCGUGGAAGAAAUGCUCCACAACUUGGAUUUCUGUGAUGUUUUGGUCAGUGGUGCAGAACUAGAUCCUGAACAGGAGUGUUUAGAACUAGAUCGUACUGAGCUUCAAGGAAAACAUCUAGAUGCCACAAAUUCCACAGCAGGAUAUUCAAUCUACGGUGUGGACACCAUGCACAACUAUGAACAGGUUCUUCAGCAGAUUCGAUACCGUAACUGGUACACUUCUGCCACCUCUGAAAGAAAGUUCAGAAUCAAGUGCUCUGAGCUGAAUGGGCAUUACACCAGCAAUGAAUUUAACCUGGAGGUUAAUAUUCUGCACAGCACCAACUCCAACUAUAUGGACCAUGUAAACCAUGUGAUAGUACAGCCACACUUUCUCCAGUCAGUCCGCCAUCCAGAGGAAAGCAAAAGUACUGUUCACAGCUCAGUUGUUCCAAGUGUGGCCACAGUCGUAAUUGUGAUCUGUGUGAGUGUACUCGUUUUCAUCAUAGCUGUGGGAGUCCAUAGAAUUCGGACAGCCCAGCAGCACAGCUCUACAGACAAUGAAAGCAGUAAGGAAAAUGAAAUGGAUUGGGACGAUUCUGCUCUGACUAUUACUGUCAACCCCAUGGAGAAAUAUGAAAAGCCUCACCGGGUAGAAGAGGAGAGUGAAGAGGAAGAUGAUGAGGAGGAAGAUACGACCAGUGCUGAAUCGGAUGAAAGUGAAGAGGAGGAGGAUGAGGAGGAUGAGGAGGAAGUGACUGUCCAAAAGAGAGGCAAGCAGAAUCUCACCAGGCAAGAGCAGUUGGAGUGGGAUGAUUCAGCACUCCCAUACUAACAGCCCUUGAGCCACAUUGCUCCUUUUGUAACCACCAAUACAAUG